GUACACCUAAAUAAACAACAAUUAAAUAAAUACCACCCAAGUAAACAAUCUUCUUUAUUUCCAGCUGUUUGAAAUUAACUAUCUGAUGGCAUUACCUAAUGAAAGGUUAUUAAACUGUCAUGUGCCCUGGUGGUAGUUAAAAAUGAUAGUAUGCAGCAUGCCGACAGAACGGAUCUGUCCAUCAGUUUCAAGCAACAAAACAAUAUGUAGGUCUUAACUGAAAGAAAGAAAAGCAAAAUAUGUAUUGUGGAUUUAAACUCCAGUCCCUCAAUGAACUUGGAGAUCAUAGUCCACUUGAUUGUUACCCUUACAACUAGUUUGUAGCAUCCUUAAAGAAUUUUUAUCUGUGCUCAAUUUCCCAUUUUUUGAAUGAAUCUGUCAGAUGAUUACAGUGGCUUUUAAACUGUACAGAAGAAAUCAGAUUUCAUCCAGUCCAUAACUAAAUGUGUAUAUAUAGACCAGUUUACAAAUAUCCAACUGAUAACAUAACCAAGCUCAUGCCUGGAGAUUAUUUAUUUUGUUUGAGGUUAGUAUUUUUAUGAGUUUUUACAGGUGUACCAUCAUAAACGUUUUAACAAGCCCUGUAUAAUUAUUUCAAACACAGGGCAAACCAUUACCUUACUCCCGAGUACAUGCCACCAUAGCAGCUGUAACCAUUCAGUCCUACAAUGAGAGAGGUUUGCAUGACUCGCACUUUUGCAUUUGCCCUUUUGUAAAGGUGAAACUUGAAACAGAAACUGUGAUCAGGUGGUCAGUGGCUUUUUAAGAGGGUGCUACGAGUUCUCAGGUUUGUAGUAAGCCUGAGUCAUUGAUGUUGCUGAAGUGUCAUUGUUCUCACCAUUCUUGGUAAGUGGGUAUUUUCGAAAGGUGAGAGAUUCUGGCUUUAAACACCUAAGCAUUCAUAUGGGCUCUUUUUACCACGCUUUUUGUUCCCUGAAAAUUUGGCAGAGUUUUUUUGAUACCAGUGUGUGAAUUUGCUUCUGAGAUUUGAUUCAGGAUUUGAUUCAGUAAAAUGCAAACAAACUUUGCCAGAAAAAAUGCAAAGCUUAGAGUUUUUCCAGGGUGUUUUGACAGCAUCGUUCAGUGCAAAAGUCGUGAGCCCAGGUAUCUUGGGGCCAGUGGUGGCUCUGGGUUACUGAUUAGAAGUUUAGGGGUUCAAGCCCCAGCACUGCCAAGCUGCCACUCUUGGGCCCUUGAGCAAGGCCCUUAACGCUGUCUGCUCCAGGGGCGCUGUGUCAUGGCUGACACUGCGCUCUGACCCCAGCUUCCUAACAAGCUGGGAUAUGCAGAGAAAAAAAAUUCACUGUGCUGUAAUGUAUAUGUGACAAAUAAAGGCUACUUCUUCUUGUAGCAUUUGCUGUUUUUACCACGCUGUAGUCAUUAGUGGCAUUAACUUGAGCUCCUCAAGCAGAAAGGUCAAGUCUUGGCAGACUUGUGAGUGUGUCUGUUUAUACUGAGUGCUAUUGGAGUAUUUUGGAUGUUGAGAUACUUGGACAGUGUGAUUAUUGACGAUGGUGUAGUAGUGGAAAAGCAUUGUCAGUGUGUGAUGAGGCUCUGUACCAUAGCUUCUUCAGCCUUGAAAUUAUUUUUAAAUUUGACUUCACCAAAGACUGGUGGAUUUAUUUUUAAGAGUACUUGAUGGUAAAGUGACCUGUCUGAGAUUUUUUUUUUGUUGUUUUUAAUUAAAUGCUUUCUUAUAAUAAGUAGAUUACAGUUACUUUCUAGCUGUUUUCCUGCUGUGCCCUCUUCUGUGGGUUUCGGUGUAGUGCUGCUAUAUUUGAGUCUCUCUUUGUCUGAGGCACAUGGUUAAAGGAGGAGGUGGAGCUGUGUAAUCUGACACGAGCCAGGCCCAAAGUACAGCUCAGACACAGCGAGAGAGAGUGAGACGGGGAGUGAGGGGGGGCAUUCCAGCUCCGGCUUGUCAUUCGACUCCUCAGCCUACAGACUGCAUUGGCGAAAGUACAUGCAAACUGGACUCUGUUCUUUCUCUCUGUAGUGCUUUGCUGCGAUUUUACCCCUGCCCCACCGGGAAUACUCUCUUCUUCCUGUCUCUCAUUUGGAGUUCAUGCAGGAUACUUGGGCCUGCCUGGGAGUGGCCCCUCAGUCUGCCGCUGGAAUGUGCCUUUAGAUGAGUGGGGAAGCUCGCUUUGCUGCUGUUGGUUUUCCUGUCUUCCUCGGCUCUCCCUCUUGCUCCCACUCUCCUUGGGCUCCUUCUUAAGCUUCCUGCAAGGCACUCUGAGCUCAGUAUACAUUUUUGGAUUGCUCCUAGAUUCCUUCUUUUUGGGUUCUCCACUGCUCAUUGUGCUUUUCCUGGGCUACGCUUUAAAGGUGAUUUUUGCCUUUAAGCCACACAUCUACUUUGUAGCAGUCAAUGAACAAUCAUUUGGAUAACUCGAAGGGUUUUGCAUGUGUGUGGGUAAGUGGCCAGGCCUCACCCUCAAGUGUCCCGAGAGUAUCUGGCAGUGGACCUGAGAGAGCUAGUGGAGCAGUAUUUUUAUCUGAGCCAGCACUGAGUGAGCAUAUCGGAUAUUGGACUGGUUGGCGGCCCUCUGUUAUGGGCUGUUUUGUUUCUAUGGAAAGAGCGCAAUGAAGAGUCGCUGUGAUCCCCAUGUCUCCCACCGCUAGGCUACAGCCUGUCUACUCAUGGAAGGGGGUGUUCAAGCUCUUCACAUGCGUAGCUGCCCGAACGGCCAGCAAGCCUAAAGAGGUCCACACAUUUCAAGAGAAGAAAAUAGCCUUACUGGGGAAUCAUAUGGACGAAGAAAUGAGUCGCCAGACUGCCACCGCGCUGCCCACAGGAACCUCAAAGUGCGCCCCCUCCCAGCGUGUGAACACCACAGCCUCUAACAGCGACCUAGCCAGCCUGUUUGAGUGCCCGGUGUGUUUUGACUAUGUGCUGCCUCCAAUCCUGCAAUGCCAGAGCGGCCACCUGGUGUGCAGCAACUGCCGGCCCAAGCUGACGUGCUGUCCGACAUGCCGCGGCCCAUUGGGCUCCAUCCGUAACCUGGCCAUGGAAAAGGUGGCCAACUCCGUGCUGUUCCCCUGCAAGUACGCCUCGUCGGGCUGCGAAGUGACGCUGCCACACACAGACAAGGCCGAGCACGAGGAGCUGUGUGAGUUCCGGCCAUACUCGUGCCCAUGUCCGGGUGCUUCGUGCAAGUGGCAGGGCUCGCUGGACGCCGUCAUGCCACACCUGCUGCACCAGCACAAGUCCAUCACCACACUGCAGGGCGAGGACAUCGUCUUCCUGGCCACGGACAUCAACCUACCCGGUGCCGUCGACUGGGUCAUGAUGCAGUCCUGCUUUGGUUUCCACUUCAUGCUGGUACUGGAGAAGCAGGAGAAGUAUGAUGGGCACCAGCAGUUCUUUGCCAUCGUGCAGCUGAUCGGCACGCGCAAGCAGGCAGAGAACUUCGCCUACCGGCUGGAGCUGAACGGCCACCGGCGGCGCCUCACCUGGGAAGCCACGCCGAGAUCCAUCCAUGAGGGCAUUGCCACAGCCAUCAUGAAUAGUGACUGUCUAGUGUUCGACACCUCGAUCGCCCAGCUGUUUGCCGAAAAUGGCAACCUGGGCAUCAACGUCACCAUAUCCAUGUGCUGAGGACUGUCAGAUACACACACGCACAUACACACAUACACAUAGGCAUACACUUAAACAUUUCACAUUCAUUGGGCGGGGGGAUGGGGUAUCUAACCUAGGGAGCUUCACGCUGUUGUACGUUCCAAGUACUCAACAGAACUGACCUUUACCAACGCUUGGCACGUCCAGCAACCGGACAUUUUCCCAGGUUCUCAAUUUUAUGCUACAAUAUUAUAAUAAGUUAAAUAAUUAAACUAAUGUAUUCUACAUUUUUGAGAGCAAAUGCCCGCAAAGAUGAGCCUUGUGAAGUGGACUUUCUCGCACACGGCUUGUUUGUGAAGAUGGGUGAAGGAAAGGCACAGUAGAAUUGAGGGUUGGGGUGAACUCUAAAAGAUAAACUAGAAUUGUCCUGAUAUAUUGUUUCCUUUUUCUUUCCCCGACAGAUUGCAUUGUUAGUUCAAAUGAAACACUAACAUUUUUAAGUUGAAUUUCCGCAGUUUUAGGUUUUAAUCAAGCAUUGUUUGGUCUUGUCUGAUCCCCUCUCCCCUAAAAAAGAUGCUGCAGAUAUUUGCAUGACCACUGGCUGAGGCUUGGUGUGUCCAGAUUUCAUCUGAAAAUUUUAGUAGUUUCUGCCUGAAUCAUUGUAGAGUUUCUCCUGGGGGUUUCCUCAUGAGGAGGGUGAGGGGGGGGGUUAUGAGAAGUUUCUGUAUGGACUUGAUGUGACCACGUCAGGUUUGACGUCCUCAAAGCCACUUUUCCCUCUUAAAUGUUUAGCUUCUCCCUACGAUAGCCUACUUUUUCUGACCAGGUGCUAUUUUCAGCAGUCUUGCGCCUGUGAAUGUUAAGUCAUUUGAAUGGAUCGUGCUUUAGUUUGACAGGUAAACACACGCUCGUCUCGGUCAUGUGGAAAUGGUGAUCUCUUCAUGCUGGAGACGAGGCUCUCCUGAAUAUCAGACUAGAAGUGAGCGCAAUUUCUACCGUUAUUAUUGAGAUUAUUGUUAUUUUGUAAUGACUUAAGAAAAAGGAAUGAACAGGCUGUUGUAACAUUGUGGCUAAUCUUCAGUGUUUGUAUAUAGUGUUGUUCUUCAGAAGACCUCAUGUCUUUUGUUCUCUUUUUGUAAGUACAGAUUUUUUGUUUUGUAUGUGUGUCUGUUUUGUUUUUGUGAGGAGUGGGUGAAGAAAACGCCAAAACAUCUCUGUGGAAACAUUGUACUGUUGCUGGUCCUGGUCUGUUUUUAUUUUUGUUUUAAUGUUUGUUUUUGUUUGUUUUGGUCUAUUUUGCCAUUAAAUAAAUCUAUCUUUUUCAUA